AUGAUCUCGUCUUACGGAUCCUUCUUCCUCCGCCACCUGGAGGAAGGGAUUUGGACCUACAUCCUUUUCUUGGCCUCCCUACUCACAGAUGACUCGACCUGCGCAAAAGAUGGGUAUCCAAAAGAUUUUCCACGGGAAAACCGGAACCCCUCAAACUCACUCUCGGAAUCACUUUCAUUGGCCUCAUACGAGCUCUCGUCCCCUGCAUACCCUCUACCCCAAACAGACCAUGUGUCAUUAGUCUCGUCAUACCUGUCCCUCAUCCGCAUCGUGAUCUCUCUCGCUAUUUCCCGAGCCUCCUUAGAUACUGGCCUGGAUGAGUCUUUCCUUCUUUGGGAAAUGUGGGUCGGGACAACAAUUCUUGUGGGGAGAUCCUUUUCCUUUUCCUCUUCCCCCUUCUCUGAUUGGGCCCUCGAUGGACUCCGGCAAAUGUGGGUCGGGUGGCGGUGCCGUUCGAGCAGAAGCCCGUCCUCACGUCUCGAAUUGAUUGCGGGCCUGCUUGCAUGCUUGCCUUUGCUUUCGUACGGCUUUAAAACUGCUAUGCGGUUUACGGGAGAAUCGUGA